UCGAAGGAUUCCUGGAAAUUGGCGAGAAAGAAGACGCCGACGGUCGUGACGAACAGACGUCAGUGAUUUGGAUGUGCGUCGGACGGUUGAAAGUUUAAGAAGAUUAGUUGUCGAUGAGUAAAAGAGAACUUUUUAGUGUUCCGAGGUGGUAAAGUAACCUCUGUCGCGAUGGUUUCUUGGCUGACGGGGAUCGAGUUGGCAGAAGAAUAUGGCGGUCGCUCGAGAUACCCACGUGACUGCUCGCGUUCAUGGAGGAAGACGUGUGCGAGGAACUUUAAGCUGCGUCAGUUGCUGGAGGCUCGCCAAGUUUGUUGAAACUUCGCUGCACUAUCGAGAUGAAGCAUCCGCGACUUGUGGAGUUAAUUGUCGUUUGAAAACUGAUCGUUUCCUGGACUUGACGGAUUCCUUCGUCCACGCCGAUCGGAGAGGACCUGGCCAACGUUACUGGUGCAGCGCCGACGCAUGGACAGAGAGGGGAAAAAAGAGAACGAGAACCUUGAACCAAUCGUAAAUGGCGUGGAGUGAAAGCGGUUGGUCUCCGCGGUUUUCCCAGAAGAGCGCGCGAGCCACGAAAUUA